CAUUCAACUCAUCACACUUGUGAUGAUUGUCUGAUGGACUUAUCUACCUAUCCUUUGCAAUUUUCAUUUUUUAUUCAAGUAUUUAUCCCCUUCCUUGUUAAAAUCAUCCCCGUUGCUUGCUGUUUCCAAUACCAAAUUUCAUUCCUUUACAAAUACCUGCCUGAAUAAAUAUUCCCAUUUCUUCUUUUGAUGAUGAUCUUAACACACUUUUCAAAACUGGAAAUAAAGAAUUCAUGUUGGUAUCUCCACCAAACCUUGAUCACAAGUUUUCCUUCCUUCAUCUCUGCCUUUAAAUUAAUAUUUUACCUAUGGUUUUAAAAAGAUACCAUAUCUAUUUACAUUACACAUCUUGAUACAUCAUCUUUACUAACUCUUUUGCAGUCUCAUUGAAUUUCCCAUUGAUGGUUCCUUUGUUAUGUGUAUUUAUUGUCAUGUUCUGCUUUUUAAAAUCUUCUUUUAAUUUCCUGCCCUUUGCUUAUCCAAAUAAUUCCAAUUUGUCUUACACCAAUUUUAUUCCACAUAACAGGAUAUCCAGUUAUCCUAAGUGCUGUGAGGAAAGGAAAGUUUGGCACUUUUUUUGAUGAAUGUUGAUGAAAGAAUCAAUAUCAGCCAAGACACUGGAGGAAUCCGCUCCUGCUCUUCUUCUAAAUAGCACCAUGGGAUCAUUUCUGUCAUUUUAUGGCCUUUAUUUCAAAGAGAAUGGAGUAUGAAAAAGUGGAGGUCUUACUAAAAUUAUAUAAAACUCCUAUACAAGGCACUAAUCGGACUACAGCUGGAAUACUGUCAACAAUUUGGUCUUCUGUUGAAGGGAGGAUAUACUGGCAGUGGUAACAGUCCAGAGAAGGUUCACUAGGUUGAUCUUGGGUAUAAAAUGUUUACCUUAUGAGGAGAGCUUGUACUCAUUGGAGCCUAGAAGAAUGAGAGGUCAGCUUACUGAAACAUUAAAAAAAUUCUUCGGGGGUUUGGCAAGGUAGACGUGGAGAGGUUGUUUCUUUCCUUGGGAAAGUCAAGGACCAGCCAACAUCAUCUCAAAGUAAAGGGUCACAUAUUUAACACUGAGAUGAGGAGGAAUUUCUUCUCUCAGCGGGGAAUGAAUCUGUACAAUUCUUCACUAAGGGGACUGUUGAGGAGAGGUUGUUAAGUAUGUUCAAGAUUGAGAUAGGCAUUUUUAAUCCGAAAGAGAAUCAUGGCUUAGAGGAAAAAAGCAGGAAUGUGAAGUUGAAAAUUAUCAAAUCAGUCAUGAUCUCAGUGGAUGGGAGUGGACUUGAUGGGCUGAAUGGCCCAGUUCUCCUCCUAUAUUUUAUGGUACUAUGUCCACCUGAGAGACCAGAGUUAAUGUGUCAGGUCAAGUGACCUUCAGAACAUGCUUUCUCUCUAUAGAUGCUGCCAGACCUGUUGAGUUUCUCCAGCAGUUUCUGUUUUUGUUAUAGUUUCCACAUGUUUGUUCACCAUUCUGUUUUCCAAUGACCCAAGUGAAUUUUAUGUGGGCAAAUUCCAUGAUUUUUUUUAAAAAAUCCUAUUUAGAAUUGGCUUUUUCUUCUUUUCUAUGGUUUUGAUCCUUUAUAGAGUUUACAUUGAAUUUGUAUUCCAUCAUUCCUUUAGUUUCCAGUUAAUUUUCUUACAAUUUGCUGAAAAUUGGAAAUAAACAGGAUUGAGAAAUAGCUGAGUAAUCAGGAUGAACCUAAGACAAUGCUCUAUAUAAAGUGCUGCUGUAUGUGUUUAUCAUCAUUAGGACGAACCUCCUCCACUCCCACAAGUUAAUCUACCACAGCACAGCAGAUCCCUUUCAACAUGCAUGCUGUUCUUGCUCUCUGGAUGCUGCACUCCGUGCUGACAGCUGGUACUGUCUCGGCUACACCGACCUGGCCUCUAGAGAUUUCGGGGGAGCAGACACCGCCGGAGUUCCGAGAGGGACUGCUGCGAAACAAGAACUUUGUGCUUCAGAUCUGGACGAACGUUCAAACUCUGCUGGAUACCCACAGAUUGGAGUAUCCAUAUUUGUAUGAAGAUCAACUGGGCUUGUUGGCAGAAUCCCAACACCUAAUGUCGGUUCAAAUCAACAGAUGUACCCAGACUGGAUUCCAUUUGGAAAUGUGCCUAUUUAACUUGACUACAGUGCUGCAACAGUACCACAGCUACUUAACAGCACACAUCGAGAGGAACCAUUUGGGGAAAAUGCUGCAGAAAGUCGAAGAUUUGCGCCUGGAUCUCAAUAAUCUCAGACUGAACAUUGAGGAACUGAUGCACUUUUUAGAUGUCACCCCAGAACCCACUGGAAUUGAAGUGCAAGAGUUGAACUUUGCAAACGACUUUCUUGAACAAGUGGCUGUGCGCCGUUUACUGAAAAAACUUAAAAAGUUCAUGGAAAAUAUUUCCCGUGUUUUUAAUUUUGUUUUAGGCAGAAUGUAAUGUGUUUAAGCACUGACAUCAAGUGAGGCAAGUGCACAUCAUUCUGUGUAAAAGCCUAUGCUUGAUGUGAGACAAGGAAAUAAGGAUACGUACUUUGAAAUUCGUUCUAUCAGAAAGGACACUUAGUAUUUGUUUUAAAAAUGCUGUAUUUUAUUUAUAAUUUAUACAAAUGAAAAAUUUAUUUCCUCAUAUUUUAAAUUAUACAAACAGAAAAUGAUGCAACAAAUAUUUGUGCAAUAGGAAAUGACUCAGGGACAACUUGGGAUGUAUGUUUUUUUUAAAAAGAGUGCAGGGCUAGGAAUGAGAAAAUCAAAAGAUCUGAGAGCGUGGGUGGAACUUUUUUUUAAUCCAUUAAAGGAUUAUAUGCAUCACUGGCAAGACCAGCACUUGUUGCCUAUUCCUUUGAGAAGGCAUUGGUGAAGAACCUUCUUGAAACCCCAGCAAUCCAUAGGGAAGAGAUGUGUGGAGCAUGUAGGAAUUGAUUAGAACUGCCAGUCUGAUAGGUAAUAUUAAAAAUUGUUACCGCAGAAAGUUAAAGGAUCAAAGGUAAUCUCAGAUUCAAAGUUGAUGUUAUUCUGACCAUGCUGAUUUCCCCAAGUAAGUGCCAACUUAGAUUUGCACACUUACCUCCUGGAGUGGAACUUUAAACCUUCAAACUUAGCUGUCAGAGCAUACCAUUUUAUCUGAAACUGAAAGCAAAUUUUUAAAACAUUUACUGCCCAGUUUUCAAACUUGAAAAUAUUUCCAAGUAUUCUCCACUUCUACUUGAAAGGGAAAUUUAACAUGACCUUUGGCACUAGUGGAAAUCUGAGCCAACUGUCAAAAAUGGAAAUUAAAAGAAUGCUUUUGACCCUUUGCAGAGUUUUGUAAUCUUUGAUUCUACUCAUGAGGGGUCAGAAGCAGGAAGACAACUCGACCUGGACUUCCUCAUUGUUGCAAGAGAUGUGUUCCACCCAUUGCUUUGGCAAUGUUUUUAUCCUGCCCCAACUCCCUGUGUCAGGGAGGCUAGCACAAGGGGAUGUAGCUUUAAAUUGAGGGGUGAUAGAUAUAGGCCAGAGGUCAGAAGUAGGUUCUUUACUCAGAGAGUAGUAAGGGCAUGGAGUGCCCUGCCUGCAACAGUAGUAGCCUCGCUAACUUUAAGGGCAAUUAAAUGGCCAUUGGAUAAACAUAUGGAUAAUAAUGGAAUAGUGUAGGUUAAAUGGGCUUCAGAUUGGUUUCACAGGUCGGCGUGACAUUGAGGGCCAAAGGGCUUGUACUGUGCUGUAAUGUUCUAUGAUCUAUGUUCUAGGGUUUAUCAUAGAGAUACCACACAGUUUCCAAGAACUGAAAGUUCUGGAGUGAGGUAGUGAGACAGCAGUUGUAGGAGUUCAUUUGGCAGAGGGGUGUCAGGAUGGAGGUAAAGUUGCAUUGCAGGAUUGAACCCAGGCUUUGGCUGAGCUCAAGGUCCAAAAGAUUAGUGUUUAGAGCUUAUCUUAUGAAAGGAGCUCAACGCUCAUAUUUUGGACUCUAAUGCUGAGUGAGUCAGCAAAAGAAAAUCUGACCCAUUUCCUUUGGUCACUCUGUGCUCCAUAAUUUUGAUAAAAUGACCGUUAUUUAAGAGAGUGAGACAUCAAUGCAGCCAAACCCAAUGUAAAGCUCAAUCGUUUCUAAUAACGAGAUCUGGGAAUACUGUGACUUUCAAGUUGUUGAAAAAAACAUACACAUUCCAAGAUAUUUAUUUCUGUUCUUAAUUUAUA